AUGAAUAUUUUCAUACCCAUCUUCUCCUCCUUUCUCUUCUUCUUGUCAUUCUCAUACCUUGCAAGCAGCAGCAGCAGCAGCAGCUCCUCAGAAAAUUGCUUGCAGGAGGAUGUUUGCUUCAAAGGCGAGCCAAACAUUAAAUUCCCGUUCGGGAUAACAAAAAGCCAGCCACAGUCAUGUACUUAUCCGGGGUUUGAACUAUCCUGUGACAUCACCAACCAAACAAUCCUCAACUUCCCAUAUUCCGGAGAUUUCACCAUCCAAGGCAUAGACUAUGCGGAACAAGAAAUAUGGAUCAACGAUCCAAACAACUGCCUCCCGCAGCGAAUUCUGACGCUCAACCUCUCGGGCUCUCCAUUUCACGGCGUGACAAACGAAACCUUCACGUUCUUCAAUUGCUCGCUGGAUUAUUUGAAGUACAAACUCAACCCAAUUGCUUGCCUGAGCGGUUCUACGUACACAGUUUUUGCUACCACUUCUACCAAGGUGAUUGAUUAUUUGUCGUCUUCGCCCACAUGCAAUCGAACUGGUACCUUUGUCGUUCCGGUUGACGUUCCGUUGUACGAAGAGGUUAUGUCGUCGGACCUGACUGACCAUCUCCGGCUGACGUGGGACAUGCCUGGGUGCGGCAGGUGCGCGGCGCGUGGUGGCCAGUGUGGGUUCAAGACCAAUUCAAGUCACCAAGUUGUUUGCUCAAACCUUCCUCAACGAGGAAUUCCAAGGAGCGCCCGGUAUGCCAUUACUGUGGGUGUUGGAGUGCCAGCAGUCUUGUGCAUUUUGGGGCUUUUAUGUUGUGUAUGUAGCAAGGUCAAGUCUUUCACAAGGGGACGCAGAACUCUGCCGGAAUUUAAUUCCAUAGUGGCUCCACAGCCCACUGUCAUUAUGGGCCUCGAUAGGCCCAGGCUCGAGGCCUACCCGAAAAUCAUCCUUGGCGAAAGCCGGCGACUACCAAAGCCCGACGAUAACACGUGCCCGAUAUGCUUGUCGGAGUACCGGGCCAAGGAGACAUUGAAGACCAUACCCAAAUGCCAACAUUGCUUCCAUGCUGAUUGCAUUGAUGAAUGGCUUCAAAUGAAUGCUACCUGCCCUAUUUGUAGGAAUUCUCCACCAUGA